AUGAAGGGGAUACCAAGCUCCGCCGAGGCUUCAAAUAGCAUGUUUGGGACUGCUGAGACCUCCGAACGAGCUCAUGAGCCCCUUACUCAGAAACAACCGGCUCUGGAGCACCCUAGGAAGGGAUCGGUGCAAUCCAUGAGCAGCGAUCAUGGCGGAAUGGCUGAGAACUUUAGUAAAUUGACCAAAGUGGUCCAAGCCGCCCGUCGCCCGUUACCCACAGAGACCGGAGACGGAACGUACAUUGAACCUGAGAAUGGCGGGAGUCUGUGGAGAGAUUUGCGUGCCUUAGGGAUUAAGGAUGCAAACACUUUGAAGGACUUGAUUGAAAACAAAGCUGGCGGGCUUGUCAAGGGGAGUGGCCAGGCGGUAGACGACAAGACGAUGCUGAUGGAACGCAUCAUACAGCUUGUCGCAAAAUUACCCUCUGAAUCUAGAACCCGUGUCAAGCUCACAAACAUGUUUUUAGGAGAACUAUGGGACUCGCUGCCUCACCCCCCUCUUUCAUAUGUAGGUGACAAAUAUGCUUACCGCUCAGCCGACGGGUCCUACAAUAACCCUACCUUGCCCUGGUUAGGCGCAGCGAACACGGAAUAUGCUAGGACUAUCGAGCCUUUGAAGGUCAGACCGGCCAGUUUGCCAGAUCCCGGCUUGAUCUUCGACAGUUUAUUUGCACGAGAAACAUUCAAGCCCCACCCUAACAAUGUCUCGAGCGUUUUCUUCACUUGGGCUUCAUUAAUUAUCCAUGAUAUUUUCCAAACGGGACAUCCAGACGAGAAUUUCAACAAGACAUCAUCAUACUUGGAUCUUUCUAUCCUCUAUGGUGAUAACCAAGAAGAGCAAAAUAUGAUGCGCGAAUUCGAAGGGGGGAGGAUCAAGCCAGACUGCUUUUCCGAACCACGUCUGCAUGCGCUACCUGCGGCCUGCGGCGUUAUUCUGGUCAUGCUGAACAGGUUUCACAACUAUGUAGUCGAGCAGCUGGCUGCUAUCAAUGAGAAUGGCCGGUUUACGAAACCCUCAGACGGUAUCAUCGAUCCAGUUCAAGCAAGGGCCGCCUGGACAAAGUACGACAAUGACCUUUUCCAGACGGGUCGCCUUAUCACCUGCGGUCUGUACAUUAACAUCACUCUGUACGACUAUCUACGCACCAUCGUGAACCUGAACCGUGAUAACACUACCUGGACCCUGGAUCCACGCGCACACAUGGAACACGAUACUGUUCCCACAGCAUUGGGGAACCAGUGCUCAGUAGAAUUCAAUCUAGCCUAUCGAUGGCAUUCAACAAUCAGUCGGAAGGACGAGGCGUGGACGGAACAGGCAUACCAGGCGAUUGUCGGCAAGUCCGGUAGCGAAGCCACCGUGCAGGACUUGAUGGGGGGCAUGAGGAAGUUUGGUGCCAAUAUUCCUAAGGAUCCAUCGAAGCGCGAGUUCGCUGGACUGAAGCGGCAAUCCUGUGGCAAGUUCAAAGAUGAAGAGCUAGUGGGCGUCUUAACUAUGGCCAUUGACGAAGUGGCGGGUUCCUUCGGGGCCCGCAAUGUUCCUAAGGUUUUGCGGUCGGUAGAGAUCUUAGGCAUGGAGCAGGCACGUAGGUGGAAUGUUGGGUCAUUGAACGAGUUCCGGAAGUUCUUUGACCUGAAGCCUUACCAAAGCUUCGAGGAGAUCAAUUCCGACCCGGAAGUGGCAGACCAGUUGCGACAUCUCUAUGAGCAUCCGGAUUAUGUAGAGCUGUAUCCAGGAAUCGUUGCCGAGGAAGCUAAAGAACCGAUGAUACCAGGGGUUGGCAUUGCACCUGGAUACACCGUCUCCCGUGCAGUGUUGUCCGACGCGGUGGCGUUGGUUCGGGGUGAUCGAUUCUACACGAAGGAAUAUAACUCUAGAAACCUCACAAAUUGGGGUUACGAGGAGUCGAUGUAUGACCUGGACAUCAAUCAGGGGUGUGUGUUUUAUAAAUUAGCAUUGAAGGCCUUCCCACAGUAUUUCAAACAAAACUCCAUAUACGCCCACUAUCCUAUGACAACUCCACAUGCAAAUCGCGAUAUCAUGAGAAUGCUUGGACGAGAAGAGGAAUUCUCCUGGGACCGUCCGUCAUACACACCCUCUCGUACAAUGAUCUUUGACUACGCGAACGUCCGUCGCAUCCUUGAGGAUUCAUCAAAUUUCCGCGUGGUUUGGGACGAAGCAACCGGGUACGUCUUUGGCAAGGGUGGCUAUGAUUUUAUGCUAUCCGGUGACUCGCCGUUCCACGCCAAUCAACGGCGGAUUAUGAAGGAGUCGUUGUAUCGGUCACAAUGGCAUGAGGCGGUCAAAGAGUUCUACCUAGAAAUCACGGAGCAGCUGUUGUCAGAGAAAUCAUGCCGGGUGGGCAACGUCAACCAGAUUGACAUUAGUCGCGAUGUCGGGAAUCUCGCCCACGUUCACUUUGCCUCCAACAUCUUUUCACUUCCUCUGAAGACCAAGGAACAUCCGCUCGGAGUUAUCACCGAACAUCAGAUGUACGAGAUUAUGGCUGUCAUUUUCACCGCCAUCUUCUUCGACGUAGAUCCCUCCAAAUCAUUCAAACUCCGCCACAAGGCUCGCGAGGUAGCGGAGCAACUUGGGCCACUCGUCGAAGCGAAUGUCAAAGCUGUGAGCUCAGCCAGCUUCCUUUCCAGCUUGAUCGAUGGUAUCCGCACCAAUAGAAACGCGCUUUCCGAUUACGGAGUCCAUAUGAUAAGAAGGCUGCUCGACCACGGUUUGGAUGCUUCUGAGGUCACCUGGUCCCAAAUUCUGCCCACGGCCGUUGCGAUGGUACCAAAUCAAGCCCAAGUGUUUACACAAAUCAUCGACUACUACCUCUCCGAUGAUGGGAAAGAACAUCUACCUAACAUCCAACGCCUUGCCAAAGAAGACACGCCCGCGUCCGAUGAGAUGCUCCUGCGCUAUGUCAUGGAAGCAAUCCGCCUGAACGGCAUCUUCGGCUCCUACCGAAAGUCUCACACUAACCUAACACUCGACGAUAAGAAUCAAAUGGUCCAGAUCAAACCCGGAGAUACCGUAUUCGUUAGCUUUGUCAACGCCAACCGUGACCCUAACGUCUUCCCAAAUCCCGAUAAGGUGGAUCUCAACCGGCCCAUGGAAUCAUAUAUCCAUUACGGUGUCGGUCCUCACACAUGCUUGGGUGGCGAGGCAAGUAAAGUCGCUCUAACGGCAAUGUUACGUGUGGUUGGCCGGCUGAAAAACCUUCGCCGUGCUCCAGGACCGCAGGGCGAAUUGAAGAAGAUUGACCGAGGACAUGGUUUCUACACCUAUAUGCGGGCAGAUGAAACGAGUCUCUAUGCGUUCCCUAUGACCUGGAAGCUCCACUACGAUGGUACAAUUCCGGGGAAAGAGCGAUGUGUUCCAGAACAGGUUGUGUGCAAUGUUCCUGGACAUUGGCAUGAUUAA